AUGCAGCAUCCCGCCAUCCGAACACGCAGCGCGCCGGUCGCGGGGCGGGCCGCUUCGCGCCCCUUCCCUGCGAACGCCGUCAGUGCACGCCGCGUCGCCGCGCGGGCCGCGGGAAAUGGCAAUGGCGCUGGCGGACGCCUCAGCGGCAUCACUGACCCAGCCAUCGAAUUGGUGGAUGGCGCAGUCACAUCGGGCCCCGACCUCAGUGUGGUGGUCAACGGCGUGAAGUUCCCCAACCCCUUUGUCAUCGGCUCGGGGCCGCCCGGCACCAACUACCAGGCAGGCCUGCGGGUGAUGAAGAAGGCGUUUGAUGAGGGGUGGGGCGGCGUCAUUGUCAAGACACUCUCGCUGGAGGCCAAAAAGGUCAUCAACGUGACCCCCCGCUACGCCAAGCUGCGCGACAGCAAUGGGUCCGUGUUUGGCUGGGAGAACAUCGAGCUCAUCAGCGACAGGCCGUUUGAGACGAUGGUGGCUGAGAUGAAGCGCCUCAAGGAGGAGUACCCUGGCAGGGUGCUCAUAGCCUCCAUCAUGGAGGAGAUUAGCAGGGGUGCGUGGGAAGAGAUUGUGGGGCGCUGUGAGGAGGUGGGGGUGGACGCCUUCGAGAUCAACUUCAGCUGCCCCCACGGCAUGCCUGAGCGCCGCAUGGGCAUGGCUGUGGGCCAGGACCCCGACCUGCUGUCAGAGGUGUGCACGUGGGUCAACGGUGUGGCCACUAAGCCCGUGUGGGCAAAGAUGACGCCCAACAUCACUGACAUCACCGUGCCCGCCAAGGCCGCCUUGGACGCAGGCUGCGAGGGUGUCGCGGCCAUCAACACCAUCCAGUCUGUGAUGGGCAUCAACCUGGAUACGCUCAGGCCUGAGCCUGCUGUUGAGGGCUACACCACCCCGGGGGGCUACAGCUACAAGGCCGUCAAGCCCAUAGCCCUCGCAAAGGUGAUGAACAUCAGCCGCAUGAUGGAGGCGGGCGGCUACUGCGCCAACGGGGCAUCUCUCAGCGGCAUCGGUGGCGUUGACAGCGGCGCGGACGCGGCAGAGUUCAUCCUGCUGGGCAGCGACACGGUGCAGGUGUGCACUGGCGUGAUGAUCCACGGCUAUCCUGUGGUCAAGAACUACUGCGGCGGGUUGCAGGCGUUCAUGACCAAGCAUGGGUUCAGCUCCAUCGCGGAGUUCAAGGGCGCCAGCCUGCCCUACUUCACGACUCACACCGACCUGGUGGCCAAGCAGAAGGCCGCGGUGCAGGCCAAGAAGGCCAAGGUGGGCCUGGCGAAUGAUGCGGACUGGAGCGGAGACGACUUUGUCCAGAAUGCAGAAAGCAUGGUGGCCAACAGGUAA